UUGCUUGCAGUAUAUUCCUGGUAUUUCAGAAGUAAUCACAACCUGGAAGAAUGUCUACACCGUUGUAAUAAGUCACAAGAAGCAGCUAUACUUUUAGCAGGGAUCAAAUCAUGGCAGGAUGCUUGCGAACAUCUAGAAGAAGUUCGAGCUCAAUUCCCAUGCUGGCGAGAAAAUGGCCACGAACUAUCCCAGGCAUGUCGACCACAGACCGUCAGUCUCAAGGAGAGUAUGCAUCAAUUUGCACGAAAUCAGUCACAGCAAAAUAUUCAGAACAUUUGCAGUGAUUAUGACAAAUUUUCAACGUGUUUUACUCAAGAACAUGGAAAACUUUGUGGAUAUCGAUCAGAAAUCAUAACUGGCCGUAUGUUUCACAAUAAUAGAGAAGCGAUGUUCAACAUGUUGAAAAUUCGAUGGUCCACCCUACCAACACAGUGCGGCUAUUCACAUUUGAGAAGAGAUACCUAUUCAAGUGAAAAGUACUCGGUUUUUAGAAAUUCAAAUCAUCAUCGAUAUCUUACUGUAAUUGCUACAGUAAUCCUAUGGUUACAAUUCUCACUGUAG